GACUCUCCAAGAGCCAGAUAUUUCAGUAGUGAAGACUCAAAAAUGGAGAAUGAAACAAAAGCUGCAAGAAGAGCUCACUGUGUGGUGUUGGCAUAUCCAGCUCAAGGUCACAUAAACCCUAUGCUUGAGUUCUCCAAGCGUCUUCAGCAUGGAGGAAUCAAUGUAACCCUCGUCUCUACUCGCUUCUUCUGCAACAAAUUACAAAAGCUUCCAAGUUCCAAUAUUGCCAUCGAGACCAUUUCUGAUGGAUUUGACAAUGGUGGAGCCGCUGAAGCAGAGAACGAGAAAGUCUACUACGACCGAUUCCGGCAAGUAGGGACACAGACUCUUAUUGAGCUCAUUGAGAAGCUCAACAGAACAGGCAGCCCUGUCGAUUGUAUCAUUUAUGAUUCAUUCAUGACUUGGGUUCUUAAAGUUGCUAGGAAAUUAGGGUUAAUUGGGGUGAGUUUUCUUACCCAGAAUCUUACUGUGGAUAGUAUAUAUUACUAUGUGAACAAGGGAAAGCUGCAACUUCCAUUGGUAAAAGAUGAAAUUAUUUCUCUUCCUGGCUUGUCAUCUUUUGAACCUUGGGAUAUGCCUACUUUCUUGUAUGAAUAUGAACCAGGAAGUACUGUUCUUGAUUUGGUGGUGGGUCAGUUUUCAAACAUUGAGGAAGCUGAUUGGAUUCUCUGCAAUUCAUUCUACGAGAUGGAAAUUGAGGUGGCAGAUUGGAUGAGAAAGAUUUGGCUAAACUUGAGAACAGUUGGACCAACCAUACCCUAUAAGUUCUUGAACAAUAAUAAUACACUUGAAGAUGAUGAAGAAGAUUACGGAUUUGCCAUAUUCAAGAGUGAAGAAUGCACAAAAUGGUUAGAUAAUCAGCCAAAACAAUCAGUUGUUUUCGUGUCACUGGGGACUAUGGUAUCUAUCAGCCAGGAACAAAUGGAAGAACUAGCUAUGGGUCUGAUAGAUAGUGGAAUCACCUUUUUGUGGGUGGUGAGAGAAUCUGAAGAAGCUAAGCUUCCUGUAAACCUUCCCAGAAAAUCACAGAAGAGUUUGGUGGUCACAUGGUGCCACCAACUCAAAGUCCUAUCACAUGAGGCUAUAGGAUGCUUUGUGAUGCAUUGUGGUUGGAAUUCAACGUUGGAAGCUUUGAGCUUAGGAGUCCCAGUGGUUGCUAUGCCAUUAUGGAGUGAUCAAAGAACCAAUGCAAAGAAUAUUAAGGAUGUUUGGAAGAUAGGAGUGAGAGUUCAGUUUGAUGAGAAAGGGAUUGUGAGAAGAGAAGCAUUGAAGAAAAGCAUUUGGGAAAUCAUGAAAGGUGAGAGAGGAAGUGAAGUGAAGAGUAAUUGCAUCAAAUGGAAGAAUUUAGCUGCAAUGGCAGUUGGCAGGGGUGGAAGCUCUUGUAAAAACAUUGAAGAAUUUAUGGAUAGCAUGUCCCAUUUAAAGGUUAACGAGCCCUGAGAAUUUCAAGGGUAUGGAUCUUACAGAGUAUUAAAAGAGAGGGUUACAUUAAAAGAUCAGGUAUAGUAGUUAUUAGGUUAAGUGAAAGGAGUUUGAUCAUCCUUAAAUAAGAUUUAAGGUUUGAAAUUUGUAAUGGAUGAGGAAAAACAUGUAUACUAGCUUGGGAAAACUAUCAAUGCUUUAAUAUGAGUUAAUUGAUUGUACUAUGUA